AUGUACAUAGGGAGUAGAUUGUUCGGCACCACUUUCAAAUGCAACAAAACACAACUAUGGAGGUACGAUGUGUUUCUGAGUUUCACUGGGGAAACCCGCAAAGGUUUUACUCACUUCUUGUACAAAGCCCUGCAAAGGCGAGGACUCAAAAUAUUCAGAGAUCGAGAACUAAAAAGAGGCACAAACAUCUCUUCAAACCUCUUGGCUGCAAUCGAAGAGUCGAGGUUUGCCAUUGUUGUCCUCUCACCAAAGUACGCUUCGUCUACAUGGUGCUUGGAAGAACUUACAAAGAUUAUGGACUGCAUGGAAGUCAAGGGCACAACAAUUCUCCCAAUUUUCUACAAGGUGAAGCCAAAGAGUUUACCGAACCAAAGAGGAGCUUUUGCAGAAGCCUUCAACAAGCAUGAUACUAAUUACGUUAACGACAGAGCGAAAGUGCGAAGGUGGAGAAGUGCUUUUACAAAACUCAGUGGCAUCGCUCGAUGGAUAUCGACAGAAUGGUUCGAGUACGAGCUUAUCGACGAAGUCGUAGAAUUAGUUUGUAGCAGAUGCAUCUUAUCUCGAGCCAAAUGA